UCAUAAUUAUUAUGUCUUUAUUCAUUGUUUUUUUAAUAUUGAACGAGCUACGAUUUUCAACAUUUUCACCAAAUAUCUAACCAUUUAAUGCAGGCUGUGAAACGAGAAUUCGACCAUGAAUAUACCACAAAUAAAUUCGCUGCGACAGCACGAGUUGUUGUGCUGCCGUGUUUGUUUAAUGACAGACUGUAAACUGUACAAUAUUCAUGAAUACAAACUUGCCGACACCUUUACUCGCAUCUCUGGGACUCCUGUGUUCCAAGACAGGCUUCCGCAGCACUUGUGUCUGUAUUGCCUCGCGUUGCUCCUCAAAUGUUCGUCGUUCAGAAACAUGUGUCUCCGCACUCUGGACCUUCUCACGCCCGCACUGCUCAUGGGGACGCUGGACACAGAUUAUGUCCGCAAAAACCACAUCCCUCACCGGUUACCCGAGUUAACCCGAACUGAAAACCAAAUAAUAGACUUAAACCCAUUCGAAGAUUUAUAUAAACAAGUACUACACCGAGACAUGUUAAAUGAACAAAUAAUGCCAGUAAACAUUACUGAAGCCAUUCCUGAAGUGAAACCUGAAAUCCAUGAUUUAAUAGAAAUCAAUGAUACUGUUAUUCAUGGCCCUGAUGGUAUUGUUUCAAAAGAUGAAUUUACCAGUGAGAUAAAAACUGAGAUUUCUAAUGUUCAAAAUCUAAUAACUGAAAAAGUCUUAAAUGACAAGAAAAAUAAGACUCCAAAAAAGACGUUGACGGUUGUAAAGAAAUUAAAGAGAAAACAGACUAAAACUAAAGUCAUAAAAACUGAUACUUGUAUCGUUGAAAAUAUAAUAAAUGAAAAACUAUUAAAUGACAAGAAGAAUAAGACUCCAAAAAAGACGUUGAAGGCUGUAAAGAACUUAAAGAGAAAACAUACUAAAACUAAAGUGAAGGACAAUCUAGUCUUGAAAACAGAACAGAUGGAUAGAAGUUCGGAUGUUGAUAAAGUCAUAACGAAGGUGGAAAACGUAAAUAUAGACAAAAUGGAUGUGACGGAUGUAGAUGUAGAUGCUAAUAAUGAUAAUAAUGGAGUUGAAAAAAUACAAGCAAAUUCUAAGAAAAAAGGCCGGAAAAAGAGGGAACCGCAGCCGGAAACAUAUUUCGCUCAAUUUGCAAGUAGCAUUAACCAUAGCGUUGUCACUUUCAGCAAGGAAGAACAACUGGAAGUGAUUGCAAGGCGCAAGGAGUCAGAUUACUACAAGCAGUGUCCUUUCAAGUGUGAAGACUGCGGGAAGGGAUUCAGGGUGGAGUCAGCGUACAACAACCACCGAGUCAAGCACAGUCCGAGCAGCGGGCCGUUCUUGUGUAGCAUCUGCGGCGUGCGCUGGCCGAAAGGCCACCGCCUGCGCACGCACCAGCGCUCCCACCAGAUGAAGUUCGUCUGUAACGAGUGUAACUUCGUCUCCAGGCAUACGGGCCAAGCGAGCAAGCACCGCGCCUCCCACGACGGCGAGUCAUACAAGUGCCCUCACUGCGAUAAGACAUUCAUAAAGCAAACGUCGUACUUCAACCACAGACGCCUCGCUCACGCAGCGAACAACUUGGACUGUCCCGACUGCGGAGAGACCUUCAUCAGCAAGCUAGGGCUCCAACAACACAAGAAGCUGGCACAUGCCCCGAAACCGCAUCAGUUCGUAUGCGCGGUCUGCUCCGCGGGUUUUACAAGCGCGGAGGCGCUGAGCAGACACUCUGAGGCCGGCGGCGACCACGGAGCGCUGAGCCCGUGCGAGCAGUGCGGGGAGAACUGUGCGAGCGAGACGCAACUACAGGAACACGUCAACGAGGCUCACUCUGCGGAGUCGCAUCGCUGCGAACGGUGCUCGAUGGUUUUCAACAACGCGACGGCGCUGGACACACACAACCGUCGCAAGCAUCUCGGGCAGCGCUACCAGGGCCCCAAGAGAGACAAGAUAUGUUACGAACCGUCCAAACGGCGAGCCAUGUGCGACCAGUGCGGAGCUACUGUGAACGCGGCGAUUCUGGAGUACCACAAGCGCACUCAUCUCGCCGUGAAGCCCCACGCCUGCCCUCAUUGCCCGAAGACGUUUGCGUUGCCAGCCGCAUUAACGUAUCACGUCCGAUCGCACACAGGCGACAAACCGUUCAAGUGUUCAGAGUGCUCCCGAGACUUCUCCAUGAAGGGCAACCUGACCCGCCAUUACAACGUUGCGCACCUAGGCAAGCGGGACGCGUUCCCCUGCCCCGUGUGCGGGCGCACUUCCACCACGCGCUCCUCGGUGAAGGUGCAUCUCCGCGCCGUGCACGGCGGCUCGGGCUGGCCCAGGCGCCAGCGCGACAAACGCAAGCCACAUAAUAAAUGAUUCAACAGA